AUGCAUAGGAAUCGAGAAAUUGCAACAACUGCUGAUGGUACACCAAGGUACAAAUUUGAGUUGCAAAAUAUGUCAUUAUAAUUUACACCUAGUUGUGUUUUGGGCGAAGACGAAAUAUUUUGUGACCAAAUUGAAAAAUCAUCUUGCUACAGUAGUUGCAAGCAAAACAAUAGUAUAAGAAAUUAAUGAAGAACAAAAAACCACAGACUUUCCAAACUAAAAUUUUAUUUGUCAAAAAAGAAAAAUUAUUUUCUAUGGAGUUUCUGUGGUUGUAACACAGAAACAAAAUAAGAAAAGUGUAGGAAACAUGCAAAUACAUAAUAUAAAUGAAACAGGGAACAUUGUAAAGUUAGGUUGGUUCAGAGUGAAGAGCCUCAUUACUGCAUAAACAAAAAGCAUCUCACUUUACAAUAUUAAUGUUAAUUUAGAUAUCGUGCACAAUACAGUAAGAAAACAAAACGAUGGAGACCUGUUGCAUUGUUGAAGCCAAAGGCAUACAGCUACAUUCCAGAUUUGUUGGUGCAAAUUUUUCAAACUCGUAGAAGUGUCCCUGGUCGAGUUGAUCAGAGAAUUGUCAGGUCUGCUGAAGAUCCCCGUAAUAUUGCAGCAAACAUUGCUAUCAUACCCCGACCAACAGUGCAGCAGCUUUUAUCAGAACACAAAUCAAGAUUUACUACAGAAUAA